AUGAAAUUAACUGAACUUUUAUACCAUGGAAAGCGUUUACGUCAUGAUAAACUCCAGUUCAUGACUAAUCGUUAUUGGAAUAAAAAAGGUUCAUAUUUGAAGGUUUCCCGUUUACGUUUUCCCGAAGAAGUUGCGAAUAGUCCAAAUAAUCCUUUAAUAAAAGCAGAAAAUAUGUUUAAAUCAACCAGAUAUGAUGAUGCACUUUUGAACGAAAUUGAAAUAGGAAUUACUGCAGAUGAAGCUAAACAUUUAGAGCAACAGAAAUCCGAGAGACUUCAGUGUUUUCAUCCUCUCUUCGGAGAUGUCCGCUUUCACCAAGAUUCUGAACCAUCACUAAUAUUUUCUAGUAAACGACGUUUCUCAAAGGGUGUAGAUCAAGCUAGUCUUCUAACAAAUACUGUCGUUACAUUGGGUGCUCCACCGACAUUAAAUAAUCUCUUUGACAAAAUUGAUGAAUUAAAUAAACUUGUUGAUACAAACAAGCCAAUCGCAGAUUGGAGAUCUUCCUUACGUUUAUCUGUGGAACGGUCAAUUCUACAUGCUCAUGUUUGGCAAACGGAUGAAACUAAACUGCCUCGUCGAUUUCACCAACAGUCAAAUGUUUGGAAACAUAAGCCUGAGUAUGGAAUCCAUCCGGAACAGAGUACUCGUUAUUUGUUCCACAAUCUAUUUCGUAUUUUGGAAUUUCAAGCUCCUAAUUAUAUGAAUUAUAUUGGCCUAACUCCUAUCGAAAAUCCGCUCUCCGAUAGUUUGCCUUUCCGCUGGACCACACGAGAUCGUCUGUUGGAAACAUUCUAUUAUUGGGGUCCAGAAAAACGUCGUAUCAGUUUUUCGGAACAACAUGAUUUGGUAGUUAUGGGUCAGAUGCCAGCCCCCCUCUUUCUGAAUAAUCAUGAUACUAUUCAAAAAUUCAGUAAUAUCGCUACAUUACCAGUUGCAAGCUUUGGUCCUAUGUCACCUUUAAUUGAUCUUACCAGUACUUUGUAUUAUCGUGAAGACAGUACUAAUGGAUGGCUUGAAAGUCAAAGUCGUCGUUAUGCAUUUCCGCAUAUUUUCACAGUGAAUUUCAGUUUACCAAAUGUUUGGUCAGAUUAUUUGGAGCCAGAAGCGGAUCCUGUUAUCCCUGAACAUCGAUAUGCAAUAGCAAUAAUGAAUUGUUUUGCAUCUGCAGUUGCCCAAGCUCGUUCGAUGGGUAUCAACGAAGGAAUUCUCGAUAAGCCUUUAUGUGUUCAGUGUGUUUGUUCCGAUGGAGUAUAUUUUGAUUUUGUUACAUUUCAGUUAAAUAAUAUGGAUGUACCUGAUUAUCAGCUUAGUCGUAAGUUAGAUCAUACUGCGCCCAAAAAUUUUGCUUGGAUUGAUGGAAACUAUCGUUUAUUCAAAAAAAUUAUACCUAAGAAACACAUGAUGCGUAAUACGAAAUAUCGUGAUAUAAAUAUGAGUGUAUUUGAUCGCCUCUCAAGUUACUAUUUAUGUGGAUUGACCAACACUUCCUUUAAUAUAAAUGAAUCUUUAAUCCCUGAACUAAAUACAAUUAACAACCAAAUCCAGGAAUAAAAUAUUAAUUUAUGCAAAGAGCUCACAGAUAAGUUUACAAGUGACAAUAAUUUGUAAUUGCAUUUUUUAAACUUUCUACUUAACACUUGUGUAAAUACCGUG